GCCGACAGAAUGCUCAAGCUCAAGUUCGUCAACACCACGAAUGUUCCCGUUCAAAAGCGUAAAAUCGCUUUACAUGCGUGUGAUACUUGUCGGAGACGGAAAAAACGGUGUGUUCAUCCACUAGGGGAAGGGGAGUCUCCGCCUCCACACGGCGUUCACUGGAGGAAACGGGGCCACCCAUCGGGGCCUGCCACUUCCGCCGAGGAUGGUUCGCCGCAUGAUGCGGCUGCAACGCCAAUAGAUCCGUCUCUUCAGCAUAGGCCAACUGUAGAGGCGGAAAUUAGUCCCUGUAGAGAGAUCGUUGACGACGACGAUGAUGAUGCCGACGAUGAUGAUCAGACAGCCGACUCGAUUCAUGUUGCAAACUCGGAGCCUCCUGCCCAGAACUCGACGCUUCCAGUUAAGCAGCCUCGAAGUCGUUUCGGUCACGCAGAUCCUCGGGGAGGACCCAUACAACUCAACGAUAACAACACAGGACCUUCUGACCAUAGCCAAGUCACUUCAGUUGGGACACCAGUUAUCCCUAUUGAGAGCCCAGCAAAUCCAGCGACAGAUUCAGCAACUCACAUCUCAAGUCCUAAAGCCAAGGCCAAACCGACAGAUUCCGACUCCAACCACAACGACGACAGAUUUGUAGGUGACUUGAAUCCAGAGGGUGCAUUCCUAGCCGACAGUCCAGCGACCAGCCGUGGUCAUGCCGAAUCCAACGCCGUCGGUGUUUGGUAUUCUCGUAAGAACAACGGUGAUAGCCUCACACCAGAACUUGCAUCGGCAGUUUCGAUAGACUAUGAAGUACACCAGUUUCUCGCUGUGUUACCGAAAAAGGAGGAUUAUGAAUACCUCGAAAAGAUCUACAUUCGAGAUGUUCACCGUAUUCUACCCGUCAUGAACCUCGACAUACUCCGGGCGCCAACAUCAACGAUAUCCCAGGUUCUCUGCAAACAAGCCAUAUGCCUAGCCGCCGGCUCAAAUCCGAGUGCCAAACCUUACUUGACACUCGGGCAAGGCUCGUCGGACGUCUUGAGCUACUCAGAAUUUGCCCUCCGCCUUUCCUCUGCCAUCCGGAAAGCGCUCACCCUCGGCCUGGUCAAGGACCGAGUCCAAGCCGUCGCCAUCAUGGUGAUUCUCUCCUUGUACACCCACUUCUCGCAAGACCGUCAUCUUUCUGCCGAGCUGGCGGCACAGGCCGUCAGCAACGCCCAGACAGUGGGGCUUCACCUCCAAAAUCCGCCGGCCAGGUCUGAAGAUCCGGCGUAUUUGACCCGGCUGUUCUGCUGUGUGUGGGCCAUGGACCAACUCAACGCUGCUUUCCACGGACGGCCGGUGAUGAUACACGAAAGAGACCUAGGCCGUGACAUGGUGGAGUGUAUUCGAGAGCAAGACAGCUGCUUCCGACUGUUCCUUGAGAUUGUUGUAUUACUCGGGUGUAUAAUCGAUCUGUAUCGUCCGGCAGCAAAGAACACGGGCUGCGUUGCCAUGGAGGAUUUCCCAAGCUUUGAUAGCCUCGUCGAAAAGGCACAGGCUCUCGGCGUUGAAUCUCGCCUCCUGGCUUCCAUGGAGCUUCUCUACCAUGGCAUUGGCAUACUGUCAUGUCGAAUUCCUGUUGGCUCAACAAGAUCUGAGCACCUUUCACUCGCGCUCAAUCGGCAAGCUCUCUCUGCUAUGAAGAUCACAAUCAUCAUCGAGGACUUUGGCAAAACGUUUUCGCACAUGACUUUCGUACCAUACGCCGUAUCUCUAUCCCUGCGGGUCGCUUAUCGAGAACUACGAUCAUCCAAAGUACCAAUGUUAACAGCGAGAUCCCGACGACAGCUCCAGUCAACCUGCAAGAUACUCCGUGAACUGAGCAGCAUGUUCAGGUCUGCGCAAGUCAUGGUCGAUUUAGCCGAACAAGUGAUCCAAGAGAUAGACCAAGUCUGCAGCAACGCCAUGAAUGAGCAAAACGGGGCCGGUUCAACAAAUGCGCCAAACACUCCUCGGCAGGACCAAGCGGCACCACAUAUCGCACCUGCUACAGGUAUCAGCAAUAUUGAUGACGGGAGCUGCCCGCCAAACAGUGAGCCCAUGCCAGUGUUCGACCCUUCACUCUUCGAGGGACCUGCAGGUUUCGAUGUUUUCGAGUUCUUCGACCCCGGCGAUCUUAACGCCAUCGACGCCAUCUUGGGAGGCGAUGCUCCGCCAGGGAUUGGACCAAUGGGCUCUUUUAUUUAACUUGUUCUCACUUUGAUUCAGGAUGGAGCUAUUGGCGAGACUGGAUGUUCAUCACACCUGGCCUUGUCGUGUGAUGGGAAGCGACGUUUCUUUUUCACGUUCUUCUUGAUCAAGAAGGAUCACGUCCCUGGUGCAUCAAUGAUUAUUAUUUUACGUAUACGAUUACCGCCAACAUUCGAGGCUUCAUCGCCCAACUAUCCAUAAUUUAGUUGCUCGCGGAUAUAUGUCUCCGGGAUCCCAAAGUGAGGUUCCUUGAAAGAGGAUGGUUCAGCCGUAAUUCAGGCAUUGAACUUACCCGUGAUCUGACAAUUUAUAAUACUCGGCUAAUAUGGCUCAAAAGCGUGUACCCAAAUCUGG